AUGAAAAGGUGGGCAGAGCGUAGUCUGCCGCACUCUUUGACCGUACAAGUCGUAAUCCGCCAAACGCUUCUGGAAAGGACUGCUCCGAAGUCCAGCUGCCUAUUUUGCACUGUGGACGAGAAUCGUGACAAUCACCAUUCCGAGAGAUGUCCACGGUUCCCGGAUCCAAUCUCCAAAACAGCACAGGCGACAAAGCUGAACCUGUGCCUCCUCUGCCUAAAAGCGGCACACGAGGACACAUGUGGAGUGAAGUGUGGAAGUUGUGGCCUUGGCCACAAUUUUCUGCUUUGCUCCUCCAAAAGACCAGCCACCCACGAAGCGGCCAUACAAGAAGUAAGCACUCUCGCCAAUCGUCAACGCCGUCAUCGUCAUCAACAAGCCACAAGCCGUCAUCAAUGCACCUGCACCAAGCCGAAUUCUCAAGACACCAUCAGCAAUCCACUAACCCAACGUCAGCCCGCCACCCACGCCACUCCACAAAACUCCGCAAUAGUCCAGCCGUACGAAGAAAACCAUUUGUUGAAGUAG